GCCAGAAUCCAUCGCAAGCCAGUUUGCGCGUACGCGGGCUGCUGUUGGUCGUUCCGGUGUUCGUGCAUGAGAAGUCAAACCGAGUUUGAGGUUUUAAAUUCAGAUGGGGUGUUCUUUUUGCUGAACUAUUUGACACCAGCCUGACUUCGUGAAAUCGAACAUGGACCACGUGUACUCUGUGCUCAAGCGGUUUCCAAGCUCGAUACCUACAAGUGCUGAAUGGCUCACGGAGAGCAAGACGGUAUGUUCCGUGUCCAGCCACAACACUCUUGCCUUCACGUCCUCGUCGGAUGUCCAGGAGCCGGUGGGGAAAAUCACAUGCUUCCAUGUGUACGUCGUCGACCUCAACAUGCCCUGGGACGCACACAAGGUGAUGACACAUUCGGAAGAAAUAACCUGCAUAGAGUGGGAUGUGGGAGCUUCGAAGCUUCUGAUCACAGACGCUGUUGGCCAGAUCCAGCUGUGGUCAAUGAAGAAUUACCUGCUGAACGACUGGACAAUGAUUGCAUCAGCAUCAUUCCCGGGAGAGUAUGUCCUGGUUGGGGCCUGGUUUCAUAAUGGAAAAAAGAUUGGCCUAAACAUGGAGAAGAAGGACAGCAUGCUCUACCUGGAAAAAUAUGUGCACAUUCGGUUUGGCCCAUCGGUGCGCCAAGUUGGCGGAAAACCAAGUGAAGGCUGCAUCGCUGUCACAAGCUCUGGUUUGGUAUGCGUCGUGAUACUACAAUCGGAUGAGACCGUUGUCACCGGGACUGAAAUACUGGGCCAGUACCGAAACAGGCUGAAGGUGGUUGAUCUCUGCUAUGGAAAAAAUGGCGAUUUCUUGGUUGUCACAAGUGACGGACUGGUGCAGUCUUCUGUGCACUGCUAUCGGAUUGCUCUGAAACUGAACCAGGACAAAUGCAUUGUCAGCUGCCAGCCGUUCUCCAGUUUUUACCUGAACUGCCAUGUUUCCCCGCAGUCCCGAGAAAAACCUACUCAUACCCGCGUGACGCACCUGAACUUCGUCCUCCGUGAGGCGGCAGAUGCAGUUGCCGUCUCAGUUUCAGGGUGUGGUGGCAGCACGAUAGAGCUGUGGGAGCUGAGGGAGAAGCCAGUGCGAUUUCACAAGGUACUUCACACCCCGUCUUCUGCCGAGACGGCCACAAAGACUGUGGGCUGGCAGCACCAUGCGUCCACGUCCUACAGCUCUCCCGUCAUGGCACUCUGCACCCCUCGGCUCUCCAUCUACGACAUGAGCCCGCCUCCAUCGUACAUCAUCGCUGCCUACAAAGAUAACGUCAUCAAAUGCUUCUCAAGGGAGUACCUGAACUAUGUAUGCAGCAUCAACAUCAGUGCUGGAUCUCAUCGACGUGAUGACCAUGGCAUCAAGUACCAGCACCUGAGUGCCACGGUGUCCCACAUGCAGCUGAGCUGGACGAGCGGCGUUCUGGUGGCGGUGGACUCCCUCUCCCAGCUCUUCCUCUUUAGGCUCUCUCCUGUCACAGAGCCGGGGAACCCCAUCAGUCCGAGCUACACGGUGACACUCCUGGAGCAUUGCCUCAUGACCGGCACGGACUGGUGGGACGUCUUGCUCGGUCUACGUCCUGAUGUAAUAGAGACUGUCUGCGCUAAGAUGACGGAAGUUUUCAACAAGCAACCACCUGGCAUUCAGCAGUAUCUGCUCAGCAGGUUCCUGACAGUCAAAGGAUCCCUCUACAGGUGCUUAGCCAAUGGGCAGGCGAGGGCAGGUGAUUGCCAUGCCCAGAUCAUGCUGAACGCAGUGUCUGCCGUUAUGAAGGGGCUUCUCAGGCCGAGAGAUUUGUCCAGUCACGAGAAAGGACCUGCCGAGACAUUGACAGCGGUGAUGAGCGGCCGGGAGGUGAUAGCCAACCUGGACAAAGUGCUGCUGCACUUGGAGACGAAGGAGUUCUCUGUGGAGCCCCUGAUCCUGCAGUCCCUGCAGCAGCUCACCCAGUGGGUGGCCGACCUCACCCUCCACCUCAUGGCCUCCCUGCCCCAGCAGGUCUACAACCACAUGCGCUUCCCGGGGGGGGGCCUCAUAGCUGACCCCAAGUCCUUGAACAUGCUGCGCGAGCUGCUGGUCAUUUUCCGCAUGUGGGGAUUCAUCAGCGAGAGCUGCUUACCGGCCUACACCAAGAUGACAGACAACUUGGACAUCUUGUCUCUGCUUUUCAAGCUCCUUACAAAGACACUGCUGAAUCAUGGUUCUGAGCCUGAUGAGACACUCCUCGAUGAAUGCUGUCUCCUGCCAAGCCAGAUACUGAUUCCAUCCAUAGACCUUGGGAACCAUGCAGAAGGCGUGGCCAGCCCAGCCCUGUUCCUGAACUCACUGCCGCUCCCAUUCGAGUUUGGCAUUCAGCCGGACUUCUUGCACAUACCGUCGAAGCUGCACGCCGUGGAAGGGUCGGUGGCCAUGCCCAGCAAGGUGGACAUCGUGCGGCACAUUGGCCUCGGCAGCAACCCUUCGGCCGCCAGACAUUGCACCAGGUGCUUCUCCAUCUCCAUGGUGCGACCGGGAGUCAAGGCAGGCACUAUCAGGGCCUGGGAGCAGCGCUGGGUGCGGUUUUGCCCCUGCGGAGGCCAGUGGAGGCUGGUCAUGUGAUUUCGCAGCGCCUUUUCUACCCAGUGCAGGGCCAUUGGUGAUAUUUCUUCAAGGCAGUUGGCAAUUUGGGUCACCUGUAAAUAGAACACUGCAAUGAAAAUUAAAAUCGUUCAUCUGCUAUUUUAUCUAUAGGUCUCAUUUAUAUUAAUGUAAUAUAUAGAUGUGUAAAAAAUAAAAUCUGUCUAGUAUGUACACACCUGAUAGUACGCAUCUUAUCAAAAAGGCUGUAUUAAAACAUAUUUUCUUGUUUCA